CUCCCGCCGCGCCCCGCUCGCGGCCCCCUGCCCGGGCACCAUGGACACCUCCUCGGUCGGCUUUCUCCUGGCCUUGCCCGUCCUGCUCCAGCUGGCGGCCGGGGGCGGCUCGCCGAGGCCGGGCGCGCUGCUGCGGGGGUGCCCCGCGCACUGUCAGUGCGAGCCGGACGGCAGGAUGCUGCUCAGGGUGGACUGCUCCGACCUGGGACUUUCGGAGCUGCCCUCCAACCUCAGUGUCUUCACCUCCUACCUAGACCUGAGUAUGAACAACAUCAGUCAGCUUCCCCCGAAUCCUCUGCACGGUCUCCGCUUCCUGGAGGAGCUACGUCUUGCCGGAAACGCUUUGACAUACAUUCCCAAGGGAGCAUUUGCUGGCCUUUACAGUCUUAAAGUUCUUAUGCUGCAGAAUAAUCACCUAAGACAGGUACCCACAGAAGCUCUACAGAAUUUGCGAAGCCUUCAAUCACUGCGUCUGGAUGCCAACCACAUCAGCUCCGUGCCCCCCAGCUGUUUCAGUGGCCUGUAUUCUCUGAGGCACCUGUGGCUGGAUGACAACGCUCUGACAGAAAUCCCUGUCCAGGCUUUCAGAAGUUUAUCAGCACUGCAGGCCAUGACCUUGGCCCUGAACAAAAUACACCACAUACCAGACUACGCCUUUAGAAACCUCUCCAGCUUGGUGGUUCUGCAUCUCCAUAACAAUAGAAUCCACUCCCUGGGAAAGAAAUGCUUUGAUGGGCUCCAUAGCCUGGAGACUCUAGAUUUAAAUUAUAAUAAUCUUGAUGAAUUCCCCACUGCAAUCAGGACACUGUCCAACCUUAAAGAACUAGGAUUUCAUAGCAACAAUAUCAAGUCGAUACCUGAGAAAGCCUUUGUAGGCAACCCUUCUCUUAUUACAAUACAUUUCUAUGACAACCCUAUCCAGGUUGUUGGGAGAUCUGCUUUUCAACAUUUACCUGAACUAAGAAUACUGACUUUGAAUGGUGCCUCACAAAUAACUGAAUUUCCUGAUUUAACUGGUACCGCGAGCCUGGAGAGUCUGACUUUAACUGGAGCACAGAUCUCAUCUCUUCCUCAAACUGUCUGCGAUCAGUUACCGAAUCUCCAAGUGCUAGAUCUAUCUUAUAACCUGCUAGAAGAUUUACCCAGUUUUUCAGUCUGCCAAAAGCUUCAGAAAAUAGACCUGCGACAUAAUGAAAUGUGUGAAAUUCGAGCCAACACCUUCCAGCAGUUGUUUAGCCUCCGCUCUCUGAAUUUAGCUUGGAACAAAAUUGCCAUUAUUCACCCCAAUGCAUUUUCCACUUUGCCAUCUCUAAGAAAGCUGGACCUAUCAUCCAACCGCCUGUCGUCUUUUCCUGUAACUGGGUUACAUGGUUUAACUCACUUAAAAUUAACAGGAAAUCAUGCCUUACAGAGCUUGAUAUCAUCUGAAAACUUUCCAGAACUCAAGGUUAUAGAAAUGCCUUAUGCAUAUCAGUGCUGUGCAUUUGGAGUAUGUGAAAAUGUCUAUAAAAUUUCUAAUCAAUGGAAUAAAGGCGACAACAGCAGUGCAGAUGACCUUCAUAAGAAAGAUGCUGGAAUGUUUCAAGUUCAAGAUGAGCGUGAUCUUGAAGAUUUCCUGCUUGAUUUUGAGGAAGACCUGAAAGCCCUUCAUUCGGUGCAAUGCUCACCUUCCCCAGGCCCUUUCAAACUCUGCGAGUACCUGUUCGGUAGCUGGCUGAUCCGCAUUGGAGUGUGGACCAUAGCGGUUUUGGCCCUGACGUGUAAUGCCCUGGUGACCUCAACCGUGUUCAGAGCCCCUCGGUACAUUUCCUCCGUAAAACUGUUAAUUGGGUUAAUAGCCGUGGUGAACAUGCUCACGGGGGUCUCCAGUGCUGUGCUGGCUGGCGUGGAUGCCUUUACUUUUGGCAGCUUUGCACAGCACGGUGCGUGGUGGGAGCAGGGGGUCGGCUGCCAGGUCGUCGGGUUUUCGUCCAUUUUUGCUUCGGAAUCCUCGGUUUUCCUGCUUACCCUGGCAGCCCUGGAGCGUGGGUUCGCUGUGAAAUGCUCUGCAAAAUUCGAAACGAAAACUCCUUUUUCCAGUCUGAAAGCAAUCGUUGCGCUCUGCGCCUUGCUGGCGGCGACCAUAGCCGCGGUUCCCCUGCUGGGCGGCAGCGAGUACAGCGCCUCCCCGCUCUGCCUGCCGCUGCCCCUUGGGGAGCCCAGCGCCACAGGCUACAUGGUGGCCCUCGUCUUGCUCAAUUCCCUUUGCUUCCUCGUGAUGACCAUUGCCUACACCAAGCUCUACUGCAAUUUGGAAAAGGGAGACCUGGAGAAUAUCUGGGACUGUUCUAUGGUGAAGCACAUUGCUCUGUUGCUCUUCACCAACUGUAUCCUUUACUGCCCGGUGGCUUUCUUGUCCUUCUCCUCCUUACUGAACCUCACAUUCAUCAGCCCUGAAGUCAUUAAGUUUAUCCUUCUGGUGAUUGUCCCCCUUCCUGCAUGUCUCAAUCCCCUUCUCUACAUCCUCUUCAAUCCUCAUUUUAAGGAGGAUCUGGGGAGCCUGGGAAAGCAAACCCACUUCUGGACAAGAUCGACACACACAAGCCUGAUGUCUAUUAACUCUGAUGAUGUUGAGAAACAGUCCUGUGACUCAACCCAGGCCUUGGUAACCUUCACCAGUGCCAGCAGAGCCUAUGACCUGCCUUCCAAUUCUGGGUCACCACCAGCUUAUCCGAUGACCGAAAGCUGUCAUCUUUCAUCUGUGGCAUUUGUCCCAUGUCUCUAAUUAAUAUGUGAGAGAAAGUUUUCAAAAAUUGAAAACCCAAAAAUGUGAGGUUGAGUAUAUCAGAGCAGUAACUAAAAAGAGCUGAGCUGAAACUUGAUUUAAA